AAAGUAGGCGCGGUGAAGAAGUGGGCACGGAAGGCAAAAUUUUGACAGCCUAUUACAUUGUUUACGUUUUUUGUCAAAGAAAAGCAAUGAAAAGUAUGACCGAAACAGUCGUGCUUUGGUGGUGGUGUUUUAUAUGACGUCACCAUCAACUUGAAUUUAAAUCUUUUGUUUUUGUUUUAGAGUGGCAAACAACAGUGGCUGUUUUUCAAUCUCCUCGAGCAAAAGCCGUGAAGCCGUGAAGUAGUACGGCUGGACGGAUCGAACUAGCAGAACAAAAGGGUAAAGGGUUGGGAAAAACCUUUAUCGCAGCGGUUGUGAUGUACAAUCUAUACCGGUGGUAUCCAACCGGGAAGGUUAUCUUCAUGGCACCGACUAGACCGCUGGUAAAUCAGCAGAUCGAAGCAUGCUACAAGAUCAUGGGUAUUCCCAAGGAAGAUACCGCCGAAAUGACGGGGAAACAGCUGAGGAAGAACCGCUCCGAGCUGUGGCAAACUAAACGGGUGUUCUAUGUUACACCACAGGUCAUCUUAGCGGAUAUCAAUUCUCCGGAACAAAACUUCCCCACCGAUAGUAUCAAACUGGUAGUGAUCGAUGAGGCCCACAAAGCUAAAGGUCGAUACGCUUACACCGAGGUCAUUAAAGCAAUAUCGGCUACCAAUAAGCAGUUUCGUGUGCUAGCCUUGUCAGCAACACCAGGCCGUACCUUGGAGGAUGUGGCCGAGGUUCUACGAAAUCUGCUAAUAUCACACAUCGAAGUUCGAUGGGAAAAUUCUAUUGAUGUUUCGCCGUACACAUUUAAGAAGAACAUUCGAACCGUCGUCAUACCACUUGGUCCCACACUGAGUCAGAUUCAGAUACUGAACGUUUUAUGAAGCCAGCCAUAAAAGUUUUUUUGACAAACCAGAAUGAAACAUACAAUGACCAAAACAGUUUCGUUAUUGAAUCCUUAUCUUCUGCUAACCAUUUUUUUUUUUUAAUUAUUUUUUGAAGGUGCUAUAGAGAUGAAAAAAUGUCAGAAUCAAGCAGAAAUAAUCUAUAAUUUAGAAUAUUUUCUUGUCAGGUCAUAGACAAUUUUGUUUUGAAUUUUCCUAAUAUUUCGUUUGAACUUCCUUUUUGUUUGUUAUAUCUUCUGUAGUCGAAAAAACUGACCACAAUACAAAUUCAAAGUUCAGGCGAUCCUCUCCGUACUACUAGGCAAAAGCUUCAGAUGCCUCUCGUUGGUUUUCCUUUUCAGAUGGAAUUACCAUAUUUAUAACACCAUAUCAGGCUACUAUUUACUUUAUUUUCAUGAUGUUAAAACAUUAUUAGGAUACUGUUUAUUCGAAAAAUCUAUGUUGUCCGGUCAUAGGCGGUGUCCGGCCAUAGACGAGUUCCCCCUACACCUAUAAAAAUAAUAUUUGGCGGCAUUUCUAUUCUUGGUAAAUCUCUAGCCUUCGCCCGCCUGAUAUCGAAAUUCAUUGAGGACUAAUUACUAAUUCAUUUCGGUGUAACAUGUGUUUCAAGCGACAGUUCGAUUUGACUCCUAACGUGUGGGUGCUGUAGCCUUGAAUAUCAAGCUCUCCUGAUUCGAUAGGUGUUCCGUGCAGGGCCACUGUUGUCAAGACAUUUGGCUGCAGCAUCACCGUUUGUGGGAAUGCCUCGAAAAAUACCCCUGUUGUUAGUAACCGGAUGUCAGUUACCUGAAGCUCGAAGGGCAGCGGGUUGGUCAGUUUCAAGUUCACCUCGCACACAUCGUGCUGAAUCCAGUUGAACGAUAUUUUACUAUCGUCCUUCGGCUGGCGGCGAUCCAUCGAACUGAAGUGGAUUGGCGUGAAAAGGAACGGUCCACUAUCGGCUUUGGCAACAACAAUCUAGGCAAAGAACAUGUAGGAAUAGUAGAGAAAAUUAUUAUUAGAUGCCAUAUCAAUUAUUGUUCUCAUCAGACUGAUGCAUUGCGUAGGGAUAUGGAAAAUACUAACCUUGAGCGGUUUCAUGUGCGACGGCAAAUCUUUUACCAACAGUUGACUGCACAAGGGUAGAUCUGUCAGAUUCGCGGGCGGUAUGAUGGUUCCAUUUUCCAAUACCAACGGAACCGGUGCACCCUCGCACUGCGAGCUGAGAU